UACUAACAAGCAACAAGCACUACGACCAUCACAUCGAAUGCUUGCCUCAUCAACAGCAUACGAGACGCCUCACCAUCUGGACCCGCCGGUCGACAGUCAACAUGAAGGCAUCCUCCUCCGUGACGCCGUUGCCGAUGGUGCUCCAUCCAAGUACGUGAACAAGACGCCGCGCGCGCGUCUGCUCUAGUGCUGGCAAUUGUCAUGCAUUUGCAUACGAUAUUGGCUCCAACAAUCCCGCAGCGCAUUCUCGCUCUCUCGCCACUCGACUCGACUUGCCGGCAAACGCUCCGCUGCCCAACCGCCGCGGCCCCCCCCCCCCCUGCAACAGCGUUUGCACGAUGCCCUGCCCUGCUCUGCCCUGCCCUGCUCCCGUUUUCCUUGCUACCAACUCGUACUAGCUGCAGCGCUUCUUCAAACGUGCUCGCUCUGGCCAGACUGAAGCGCACGAUCUCGUACUAUUUUUGCUACGAUGCCCUGCUCCUACUAACAAGUCUGAGACACAAGAUCACGAUACCCACUCUGAAGAUCUGGGAGAAGUUGGAAAAGAGGCGAAGGAGAAAGCCCACUGCCCAGGAGCCGACUGGGGGUCCUUGCACAGACGACAGGUCUCGAACUUGUGAUAGGCGUACAAGUACCAAGCCUGAAGCGCUUUCGACUUGGACUCACCAAAAGGAGAACUGA